AACCCAGAAAAUGAUGCACACUUACACAUGUUACAAGCAGAUAAAAGUGUCUCUUAUGCCACAAAGGAAAGAGAGUUGAGUCCAGCACUUCCAGAGUAUGAGGAGCACAUACCAUCAGAAGAAGGUGAUACUUAUGGUACAAGGAAAAGGAAAAGUGCUGUUGCAUCUGCUGAAAGUGCACUUGAUAGGAAUGAGAUAUCAAAGAGAAAAUGUAUGCCUGUACAUUAUCCUGAUAAUCCUGAACACUUGAGUCAACAGAGUAAUGUUAGUUCAGUACUGAGCAGUCAAGAAUCAAUUACAGACAGCCAGAUUUCUGAGGCUUCCAUUUUGAAAAUAUCUAGACUUGAGAGUCUUAAUACUUUCUUGGCUCAGUGUGAUGUGAGUCCAAUUAAAAAGCUCACAAAUCCUUUGACUGUAUCCAGUGACAGAACAAAGAAACGUUAUCUGGAGAAAGCUAAACAGUGUAUAUCUGUGGUCCUUGAGACAGUGUCUCCAAAUGAGGGGGAGAUUUUAUGGAAGUCUAUACUGGCAGACCAAGAGAAAAAAGAAGAUUUAGAAAAUGACCAGAGUCUCAAUGUCCUGAAAGAAAUAUACUCCAAAGGAGAAACAUGGCAAUUUAGAAGACAAGUGCUGUCUAUUAUUGUUCAGCAGAUGUCUUUUGAAGAAGCUCAAGAGUUUAUUCCAGGACUAACGUCAUGGAGAUUUUACGAGGCUAAAAAGCAUGCUGCAAAUGAAGGUAUUGGUGUACCAGUUAAGGAAAAAUCAGAGAAAAGAGAGAGAUUUAGUGUGGAAAGUUUAGAUCAUUUUAUAGACUUCAUUACAUCAACACAAGUUGUCAAAGAUUUGCCAUAUGGACAAAGGACAUUGAAAUUAGAUUCAGGUGAAAUGAUAACGAUUCCAAAUGUGAUCAGGAGCAUAUCAUCUAGUGCCGUGAUAAGUCAAUACCAGCAGCUUUGUGAAGAGGAGGGUGCAACACCUUUAGGAAAAAGUACUCUUUACAAGAUUCUGACAGAUUGUGCUGCAUCAGUUAGGAAAAGUGUAGAGGGGCUUGACAAUUAUGUUAUGGAAGGAUCUCGAGCUUUCCAAGCUUUAGAAGAGACCUUAGAUGACCUCAAUGAAAAAGAUCUGAAAACAAAGUUUAUGGAAGCAAAAAGAUACUUGAAGGCAGAUUUUAAGGUACAUUUGGCAAAGCAAACAGAUGUUCUUCAGCAUUGCUUAGGAUUUGCUUUAAGUGCCCCAGGAUGUGAGUUCCGGCAUCACUGUCCACACAUGCACAAUCACCACUGCCAAAGCUGUAUCGAAUUGGACAGAACACUACAGAAAAUUCAUCAGGUGGUAGAAGGAAGACAAGUCAAUAAUAAAGAUGCACUGAUGUUUAAGGUAGAAAAAGCCAUUGAAGAUAUAAAAGAGCUGCAAAAGCACAUUGUGAGAUCAAAAAAUCAAGAACUUGCAAGAAAGAACAUAGCAGACAGUCUGGAAACAAACAGUGCUAUGAUUACAACUGAUUGGGCGAUGAAGUUUCUCCCUAGGAGAUAUAGGGAAGGCCAACAAGACUGGUUUGCCAAACGUGGUAUUAAUUGGCAUGUGUCAGUCUCCCUUGUCAAGUUGGAAAAUAGGUUACAGACCUUGACUCAUCUUCAUAUCUUCCAGUCUCAAACAUCUCAAGAUGCCGCAACAACAACAGCAGUACUGACAGAUGUCGUUAGAGACCUUAAUAUCACCGUGCCUAAUCUGCAAAAAGUACACAUCUUUAGUGACAAUGCUGGUUGUUACAAAAGCUCUGUUACUUUGUCCACUCUCCGGCAUGACGUUGGACCCCAGCUGAAAACAUACAAUUUUAGCGAGUCCCAGAAUGGAAAAGGACCGUGUGACAGGAAAGCGGCACAUGCAAAAUUUGUAAUCAAGAAGUAUGUCAAUGAAGGAAGGGAUGUAACAACAGCAGUAGAUAUGAAAAAAGCUCUGGACAAGUUGGGACAAAAAGCAUACCGUGUGCGAGUUGUUGAUGUUGUUCUUGACCUUGAAGCUGAUAAACACAAGGAGAGCAUAAAGAACAUCUCAAGUUUCUAUAACUUUGCCUUUGAGAACAACGGACUGAGAAUGUGGCAAGCAUAUGAUAUAGGUGAAGGUAAACUUUCAUCAUGGGAAACUCUAAAGCCUUCAAAGAACUGUGUCCAAUUGAAGGUCAUAAAGGACUGGACAGACAUCGUAACUGCAAUUAGUCUUGAAGAACCUGCAGUCCUUUUGAAGCAAACCAAGAGUAACUUAAUUUGUCCAAUGGAAGGCUGUAUCCGAGAGUUCAAAAACAAAGAAAGCUUAGAUCACCACCUUAUGCAGGGGAAUUGUGAAUAUCAGCUAGAGAAAGAGCCACUAAGUGACAAGGCCAAAGUAAUCUAUUCUCAGAAACUGUCACAAGCAUCAUCCAUUUGUCCAGAUGUAAGUGCAAUUGAGGUAUUUAAGGAUGAGGAGCUUGAGGACAAAAGUUUGGGAUGGGCAUUAAAAAACAAAAAGAGAAGAGUUGUUUUCAGUCAACAGCAAAAAAACUACAUGAUUGAGAAAUUUAAUGUAGGCAAAAGAACUGGAAGCAAGGUGGAUGCCUACACUGCUGCUGAGGAAAUGAGGUUAGGUGGGUAUGGCUUCACUAAAGAAGAGUUUCUGACGGCUCAACAGAUAGGGAGUUUCUUCUCAAGGCUUGCCCAACAAGACAGGAAGUCAGACAAAUAUGACUUGCAGGCUGCAAAUGAUGAAGACAUUAAGUCAAAAUUAAAAAAGGAAAUUUCUAAGACCAUUGAUUUGUAGAUAUUAGUAAUUUCAGUUAAGUGUGAAGUUUUGCAUUACGUCACAAUCUUUAUUAUUAACCUAAUGCAUAUCACUCAAUUUUACUGUUGAUUUUACGUUAUCGUGUGAUGUCGUGAUCCGACUUUUCGGCUGUGUGAUUUGUCAACUCAUAUUAUCAACAUGACAUGGAAAUAGUCUGUUGCACGAGCAACCAAUCAGGGAUUAGAAGAAUUUUCCAGUCAUUAAGCUUGGGGUUACGAGGCAUGUACUAUUUACCUUGAGCACAUCAUAAGUUGUGACGUAAUGCAAAACUUUACAAUUUUAAAACCGAAAUUACUAAUAAUUGUACAUUGAUAGUCUCCUACCGGUGAAGACAGAAGGGACCAUUGAUUUCCCUUCCAUUUGUCCAUCUGUCUCUCUGUCUGUCUGUUUGUUAAAAAAUGGUUGCUUACAGUUCAUUACACAAUUUGUAAUAAGUUAAAAAUAAUCUUACAAGCAUUAUAUUAGACCAAGAAUAUGUAAUUGAAUUAAUAUUUACAUUAAUUUUCCCAAAAAGAAAUAACAGUGUUUACUUUCAUGAAUGGUUUAUUGUCUUUGAACAUUUUUCCUGUUGAAAGGUACCAUUUUGUUGAAAAUGAACUAAAUAGUCUCAAUAUGCAUACCUUUAUAUGAUAUAACGGUAUUUUUUAAAUGUCCACAGAUGAGUUUUUUGCUAUAAUUGUUUAUAGUUCCUUAAAGUUAAUAUUAUACUGCUUGUUAAUUCAAAUGUCCUAAAAUGUGUUGUUAUUGACAAUUUUGAAAUUAGAGGUUCCUAAAAAAAUUUUUUUUAGAAGCUGACGAGACUUGUCUUAAUGCAGUACUGUGCUAUAAUUUGUGUGUAGCAAGUAACUACAGUAUAUUAAGUUAUUUCUGUUUUGGAUUGCAGAUUCGCAGUAUUUUGUAUCAUGCUCAUAAAUAGAAAAAAACAAAUCUUUUAGAAAGUAUAAUGCAGCCUUAUAAGCUUCAGUAAGCAGCAACAGUGUUUUUUUUGUAGUGUGCUAGAAGGGGGGGGGGGUAUCUAUACUUAUGAUCAUAUUCUAUCCUAUAGAUAUGAAUAUAAAUAUUUUUUAUGAGUUGGCUGACAAAGUCUCAUUGUUACCAAAGAUUUUAAGCUAUAUUUGUUAAAAAAAUUUUGAAAAAGAAAAAAACUGUAUCUUGUUAUAUGAAAUGUACGUUAAAGCUUUUUUUGGCAAAAUGCCAAUUUUAUGAUUUUUCAUUUUGUUAUUGUCAACAUUUGUUGCAAUUUGCCCAUGAAAGUUUUUGAAUAUUUUCAUUAUAUGUGACAAGUACCUUCAGAUGAAGUAAGUGAUACAUUGUGAAAGUGCUGCGAAUUUUUUAUUUUUCUUCCCAAAAUGUUGUACUUUUUAAGUUUUGACUAAAUUUAGAAAAAUCAAUAUUUUGCUAUUAUUUGACAAAGUAUUACAAAAUUAUCAAUUAACUCUCCAACAAAUUAAAGAUAUCUAUUGAAAGUAUUGAUGUUGUAGUUUAAUAAAAUAUUAGUAACAAAGGUACAAUCCUCAAUAUGGUCUCAGCACAAAUGGUGUAAAAUGUGUGAUUUUCGUAAGAUUGCCACACACAAAUUAGCCAUAUUGGUCAGAAAAUUUGUAUCCCGGUUACCAUGGUAACAGAGGGUGUCCAGAAAAAAAUUAUGUCAUGCAUAUAAGUUUUACCCUAUGAAGAUACUAUAUGCCAAGUUUAAAGAAAAUCUGAGACUAUGCGUGCCAGACCCUUUCAGAAUUACUUUGGUGAUUACAGAGAAUUGCUC